AUGCAGUGCUCUUGUGGCUCUUGCAGAUCAGUUUGCUAGCCAGCGGUGUUGUGACUCAACCCGGUUUAAAAUGCUCUUGUGGAUACUAUUAGCUAACCUCUUUAUAACGGUACUAUCGUGUGGGUAUCCUGGCUCCCCGUCACAUUCGGUAGUCACUUUCAACACUGACUCGGUUCAAACGGGUACUGUGGCCACUUACAGAUGCGAUCCGGGGUUCGAUCUUCUGGGGCCCAUCAGGAGGCUCUGCGUAGAGAACGGUACUUGGAUACCGAUUGGAGUACCAGUAUGUGUUAUGAACGUUGCAGCAGGAAAAGCUGCAAUGCAAUCAUCCAUACUUGCGAAAGGAAUACCCCAAAGAGCAGUAGAUGGCAGCACGAGUCGUGAUUUCGCAGCGGACACUUGCACAUCUACUGACGUGGAGAUUGUACCUUGGUGGUACGUUAAUUUAUUAGAGCCAUUCAUCAUUCAAUUGGUACGAGUGGAUUUUGGGAGACCAUGCUGUGCCAAUAAUCUACCAGCAACCGUGGUAGUCAGAGUGGGGAACAGUAGACCAGACCUGAGUGCUAAUCCUGUUUGUAACAGAUUCACCGGAAGAAUUGAGGAAGGCAGACCUUUAUUUUUCCCUUGCACAUCAACUGUUUCUGGGGCAUUUGUGAGCGUCCAUGUGGAAGCACCAACACCUUUUUCUUUGUCCAUAUGCGAAGCAUUUGUGUAUACUGAUCAAGUUGUGCCUGUAGAGCAAUGUCCGCAAUUUGAACAAGAAUCCAUCACUACUGCUACCUACAACAGCAAGUGCUACCUUUUCCACAGCAGCCACCCGAGGACGUUGGAAAGUGCCACAAAGUUCUGUGGUCUUCAAGGAGGAAGCCUCGUCCAUGAAACAAGUCCUGCUUUGCAAGGAUUUCUCAGUUGGGAAUUGUAUAAAAGGCACAGGAAGAAUCCCGGGAAUGAUUAUUGGAAUGGACUUGUUAGGAAGCCAGGGACGAGAGAUUGGGCGUGGCUUGAUGGAAAGGAUGUCACUAUAUCAUUUUGGAGCGUUCCCCCGACCAAUAAAAACUGCUCGAGGUUCGAUGGUACCAAUGGAUGGUUGUGGUCUGAUACAGACUGCAAUAGAGAACUUAACUUUAUUUGUGAACAUAGACCGCUAUCUUGUGGAAAACCUGAAAGACCCUUGAACUCGACUCUCCUCAUGCAAUCCAACACAGUUGGCUCUGUUAUUGAAUAUCAAUGUGAUCCUGGUCAUCUGCUCCUUGGACCAGCAUCAAGGACUUGCUUACAAUCCGGAUUCUUCAGUGACUUUGCACCGAAAUGUUCAUACCUCGAGUGUGGGUUUCCUGCCAAUAUAGCUAACGGAGGAUACAGUCUAAUGAACGGCACACGCAAUUUCCAGAGCAUUGUUCAAUACUUUUGCUUGGAUUCUUUUGUACUUGUGGGACGUUCUGAACUGAUGUGUGAUGCUGAUCGAAAAUGGGACGGACCUCCCCCUCGUUGUGAUCCUCUGUUGUGUCACAACCCACCAUCAAUAGCUCAUGGCAAUGUGACUGUCACGGUUAAUUCAACUGUUCUUGGAACAACAGCAGAAUAUUUAUGUGAAGAUGCUUAUAAACUUAUAGGAGAAAGCAUUAUUACGUGUGAUUCGACUGGAUUUUGGACUUCAAAGCCACCAACAUGUGAAUUGGACAAAGAGAAAUUGUACAAUGCUAGGAUAGAAAGCAAGCAUAAAAGGAACAGGGCAUCCAUUGCUGCAAGAUUAAACAUGGGUGGCAUCAUUGCUCUCGGAAUAUUCGGAGGAUUUGUAUUUUUGGCCGUUAUCAUAUCCAUUGUUGUCAUCAUCGUCAGGAGGAACUCUAAUAACCAAGAUUCAUUGGAUUCCAUCAGCACUUACGACAGCGCUGGAAGUCGAGAAAAAUUAUACCAGCAGCAAUGUUGGACGGGACAUUCCGGAAACCUGCAUCCCCUACCCUCACAACUAAAAGAGACUGACCAAAGAAAAGCACUCUCGGAUGGAAUGCGCAUUCCCUCCGGCAGUGCUCAAGAACACCAUCGACAUCACGUCAACGUACAUAGGGACAGCGAUAUUAGUCUCGAAACUAGCACUUCAACAUCAAGGUGGUGUCCAAAACAUGAAAAAAGAGGCAGAUACUGAAGAGAAAAAAGUUCAGAUACUUUAGGCAUUCCAGUAUAUAGUUCAAAUAUUGAAGAGUGCUCUGGGAGUACGUUAAAUACAUGUGUAUAAAACUUUCAUGCCAAAAAACAUGUGUUUGCUUCUUCGUUAAAUGGACUUAUUGGUAGAUGGCUUUAGGAUAAGUUGAGCCGUCCCAAUCUAAAACUUUUGGGAGGGGAAAUUCUCAGUUUAUGAAUGAUAAAAAAUAUAAGCAUGCACUCAUACCUUCACCUAUUGAGAAGAGAUGUUAGGCAGCAUGAUAUUAAAAGAAAAAAAAUGAAAUAUUGCAAUACAUGCCGUCAACAAAUCUGCCAAAUUGACAGACAACAUUUGCUGAAUAAGGAGGUCACCGGUGACCUCCCAUCAGGGCGUCUCUGAAGAUAAGGAUAUAUUUAUCCCAUAAAAAAUGUUUUCAAUAAAACAUCUACAGUUCAGAAGGAUUCUCGAGUGCUUCUGAAGGUUCCAAAGCUCAUCUGUUCUGGGAAUCUGCGUUGAUAAAGUAAUUCAUGUUGCAAAUGCAAUAAUGUUGAAAAUAUUCAGGGCAGGUAACUCCUGCUCAUGAGAAAUGGAAGAAAAUAUUUUGUGAAAUAGAACUAUUGUUAAUAAUUCAUACAAACACGUGCAUCAGAAAACAACUACACAGAAAGUUUUAAUAACCAAACAAUACAUCUGCUUUUCUGUUACCUAAAAAUUUUAAUCCUUUCCAGUUUCACCUCUGCUUAAAUAAUUGAAUUUUAGUAUCUGACAGUUUGACCAGGUAGUAUUACUAUUCAUUUUUUAUAAUAGCUACACUUGAACCAACCGUUAAAAUUAAGUUUAAAAGAAAUUUAGUUCUAAAGCCAGUGGAAAAUGAUAUCGUAAUCUGAAAGCUUAAAACCUAUAUUCAGCAAGAUUAUCCAAAAAUUGCAGAGGAUGCCCACAUGAUGAGAAAAAUCUCAUCUUGAAACUUUAACAAUGGUACGAUUCAAAAGAAUCCAGUGACUUAGAAGCCGUGUAAACUUACCGAUUACAUCAGUUAUUCUGCGUGAUAUUUCAAAAGUAGAAUUUUUGCAAUGUAACCCUUACACUGCAUUGGGACAGCUGUAAUUUUUU